AUGAAAGGGCUCAUCUCAUGCUUCUCAUUCGUAAAACAAGCCAAAUUAGAGAUCAUUUUUAGCAAAAUGAAGUUAAUACGUAUGUUUGUAAUUUUUUUGUUGUACAUAUCUGUUGUUACUAGUCUUCCCACAAAAAAUCCUAAUAUUUUUCCAAGACCUUUCUUUGGAGGAGGUUUAACCCCUCCAUUCGGGUCACCACCAAGCUUCCAAUGGCCUCAUUUCCCUGGUUCUCCUUCUGGAGGAUCACCACCAAGUCCACCAUCUUUUCCAUCGUGGCCACAUCCGUUUUUCCCAAGUCCUUUUGGAGGCUCAUCCCCAAGUCCUGCUGGAGGCUCACCUGCUUUCCAAUGGCCACUACACUUUCCAUUUCCAAGCCCACCUUCGGGAGGCUCAUCGCCAAGCCCCCCAGCUGGAGGCUCACCUGCUUUCCAAUGGCCCCCACAUUUUCCAUUUCCUAGCCCACCUUCUGGAGGCUCAUCACCAAGUCCGCCUGCAUUUCAAUGGCCACCACACUUUUCAUUUCCAAACCCACCUUCUGGAGGCUCAUCGCCAAGCCCCCCUGCUGCUGGAGGUUCACCUGCCUUCCAAUGGCCCCCACAUUUUCCAUUUCUAAGCCCACCUUCUGGAGGCUCCUCACCAAGCCCACCUGCUUUCCAAUGGCCGCCACACUUCCCAUUUCCAAGCCCCCCUUCUGGAGGCUCAUCGCCAAGUCCCCCAGCUGCUGGAGGCUCACCUGCCUUCCAAUGGCCUCCACAUUUUCCAUUUCCUAGCCCACCUUCUGGAGGCUCAUCACCAAGUCCGCCUGCAUUUCAAUGGCCACCACACUUUUCAUUUCCAAGCCCACCUUCUGGAGGAUCUUCACCAAGCACUCCAGCCUUCCAAUUUCCGAAGAUUCCAGGAUUCCCAGGCACACCACCAAGUGCUCAAUCUGCUCCUCCAACAAAAGCUUGAUUAGUUUAAGUUUAUUUUUUGUUUCUUGAUUAGUUUUAGUUUUUUUUUUGUCAGGUUGAUUAGUUUUAGUUUGUUUGCAGUUUUAGAUAUUAUUAGGUUUAGGGUUUAUGCUUUACUACGAGUACGUUAAUAAUGAUGUUCACGUUUUGUGAAUUUUCAGUUAAAUAAAAACAUAUUUUAGUAUUAUCUAUAAAUAUAUCUCCACACAUACAUACGA